AUGGAAGAGAGUUUAUUGUGGAUGGGAGCUGCAUUUAUUAAUGUUACUGUCACAUUUCCAAUGAACAAGUUAAUGUUUCGCCAGAUGCUGCAUGGAAUAUCCACAUCAAAUGCAAUAAGUCAGCUGAAACGAGAGGGACUGAAGAAUCUUUACCGAGGAAUUUUACCUCCUUUGUGCCAAAAAACAGUGUCAACAUCCAUCAUGUUCGGGAUGUAUGACCAGUAUAGCAGAUUAUUGAAAAGCAACCUUAGCACUAGCAGCCACAUUAGCUGGAUGUACCGAGCAGUUUUGUGUCCUUUUGAAAGAAUUCAGACAGUUCUGCAAGACAAAAAGUUCCAUGGAUACAGAAAUAGCUUACACAUCGCACAAGAGUUAAGAAAAUUUGGUGCAAGGGAGUACUACAGAGGGAUGUCCUCCAUUCUGAUGCGGAAUGGACCAAGCAACGUCCUGUUCUUUGGCCUGAGGAAGGAGAUAAAGGAGCGAUUACCAGAUCCUGGAAGUUCAUGGUGGGGACACAUUCUGACAGAUUUUGUGUCAGGAGCUUUCCUUGGAGCAUUCAUCUCCACUGUGAUGUACCCGGUCAAUGUCAUCAAAGCUCAUCAACAGUGUCAAGUGGGCGGUCCAUUCCUGUCCAUGCGGACCACAUUCUGGCAUGUCUAUCAUGCUAGAGGCAGUCGUCUCAGGGGUCUCUUUAACGGUGCUCAUGUAAAUUACACUCGCGCAUUAGUUUCUUGGGGAAUCAUAAAUGCAUCGUAUGAAAUACUUCACAAAUUACUGUAUAGUUAACAUCAGGAAUUGUAUAUAGCAAGCA